UUCUGUCGUGUGGAUAACCCUAGCUGGACCAGAAUGCAGACUUUGGGCCAAGCAACUCUUUUGUUGCUGGCAGUAUGUCACACACAUGGACAGUUCCACAACAGCCAUUCUCAUGUACAACAAGCACUGUUUGUGAGGGAUAUUGAUGCUCCAUCCCCAUACAACGAGCAUUUGCACCGAUAUGAACACACAAGUGACAGAGUGCCGAGACAAAGCACAUCCUCGCUGUCUUCUUCCACCAUGGACCAGACAGUGCAGGGGAUUCUAGAGUGGCUACAAGGCAAAUACUCCAACGCCCGCAAAGCACGACAAGAAGUCCAAACUCCAUCGAGGCAGUACUUACCUCAGCGUCCGAACCCCACAACAACCCAGAAGCCUCGACCCUUCCAGACCAACGGGUAUCAAACCACCUUUGGAGGUUCCACUCCCACAGGCUACCCCUUUCCUCAGUCACCCACUCCAAGCUUCAACAUUCCCGAGACUCCUGCUCCAUACAACCCUACUUCCACCGGAGGCACCGUUCCUCCAUACUCCCAGGAAACCGUUCCUCCCUACAAGCCAUCUCCUGGACCCUCAUCUUCUCCUCAGCCACCUUACGGUCCUCCGUCCUCCCCUCAAGCUCCCUUUCUCCCUGACGAGGGACCUUCCAAAAUUCCCUUUCUUCCUUCCACGGGUGGUAGCAGCCCAGGGUUCACUUCCACCGGUAGUGUUGGAGGUGGAAGUGGAGGUGGCGGGAGUUCUGGGGGAUCAGGAUUUUCCUCCACUGGUCCUGGUGUUUCCCCUACUGGCCCAUCUGGGGGCGGGGGAGGUGUUUACUUCCCCCCCUCUCCUGGGAUGGAAAUCGGCAAUGGGAUUGAUUCUGAUGAAUCCCAUCCUCCUCAUAUUCACGAGAUCAAUGUUCAGUGUGCCAAAGAUAUGAUGACUAUCGACAUUGAAUUUAACAGGCCCUUCAACGGAGUGGUUUACUCAAAGGGUUUUUACAACAACCCUGAAUGUAGAUACGUCACCCCCAACUCAGGCCAGACCAAGUACUCAUUCACCGUGAUGCUGAACAGCUGUGGAACUCAGUUCGUGGAUCAGUUCAGUGAGGGUAAGCAGGCCUACCUCGAGAACGUUCUCGUGCUACAAAACGAACCAGGCAUUCAGGAGGUAUGGGAUACAAUCAGGAGUGUCAGAUGUCUAUGGGAAGGUAAUCUCAACAAAGCUUUGUCAGUUGCGCUGUCCGUCGGAAUGCUCAGUCAAGAGAUUGUGACUUUCAGCGGAGACACUGCCACAGCUCGUCUAGACAUACAGAUGGGACGAGGACCGUUUGCCUCAGCUGCCAAUGGUCUAGUGAAGAUUGGAGAGACAAUGACAUUGGUUGUCACAGUUGAGGGCGAUCCAGGGUUCAACGUGUUGGUGCGGCAAUGUGUCGCACGUGACAACGACCCCACGUCAGGCAACGUCGUACAGUUGACAGACGACAGAGGGUGUGUCGUCAAACCCAAGUUGAUGGGAGCCUUCCAGACCACCAGAAACCCUGAGACAAACGCUGUCAUAGCAUAUGCUUUCUUCCAGGCAUUCAAGUUCCCUGAUGUUAUGGACCUGACAAUAGAAUGCAACGUGGAACUCUGCAAAACAGAAUGUGCACCUUGUUCAGAUCCCAACCAGAAAUACGAGCCAGGCAGGAGAAGACGUAGUGCAGACAACUCCACCCUAGACCUGACUGACCCCGUGACAGUGGGACGAACUCUCAGGGUGUUCCUUCCAGAGGACCUAGAGGAGUCCAGACAGAGCGCAGCCAUGGUCAUCAAUGUCGGGGCAGCAGUUGCAGGUCAGGAUACUGUCUGUCUGUCAUCGUCAGUGUUCUUGAUGGCUUCAACAUUACUGCUGAGUCUGCUAGCAGCUUCCUGCGUAUGUUCUGCAGCACUGUGGCUGCGGAUGCAGCACCAACAGCUGCGGAAGUAACUCGUUACAAAACAUUGACAGUUUGAAAUCUCAGAAGUCUUGAAAUUCUGUGAAAAUUUGUUUUUCUAAGACCACUAAAGAAAGUCUUUUCCCUCAACAAACCUUUCAGAUUAUAGUUUUUGUGGUUAAUUUCAACAGCUAUGUAAGCCAAAUUACAGAAAACAAUGUAUUUGUUAACAAUGUCAACUUGAGAAUAUGUGUACUGAUAUGCAAGUGUAAAUAGAACAUGAUGUCUUGUUAGUGUAAUUGUAAAUAUUAUUCAUCUAAGUGUUUUUUAAUACCGGUACUAGUUUUUUUUUUCUUUAUCAGGACAAUUAUUGUCUCAAUUUUAAACUGAAUCCUAAUGAGUUGUAACAAUUUCAGCUCAUAGAUAAAUUUGUUAAUUAAUGAUUUAUUAGAAUGGAGUUGUUAAUUCCUAUGUUACUUGUUCUUUGUCUUUUACUGGAUUUUCAUACACCCAAUUUACGAGACUGUCCACAUCUUGAAUAUCUGUAAGGUUCUUUUUCGUGUACAAAGUUUAAUUAGCUAGGACAUUUUAUAAUAAAUCUUUCUUUUGUAAAUAUACUUUACUUUGUGUA